AUGGGUUUGGUUGGCCAGAGGAAGUGCUAUGUACAGAGUGAAAACUGGGCAGGAGAGUGCGGACUGGAAAGCAUGGGGAAGAUGGACAUGAGUCCAAGACUUAUCUUUGUGUUUUACAGGAAAAAUCUAGAGCUGGAAAAAGCGAAAGAAAACUGCAAAAUAGAAAUUUCACAGCUGAAAGUGGAACAUAACAGCACCCUGUCCAAACUCUCCGACUAUGAAAGUUUGCAGGUUUCAACAACAACAGAAAUUGAGUCUCUGAAAUCCACUAAUGCUUCCUUACUGGAGAAGUGUGCUGCAGCCAGAAAUGACAGUAACGUUUUACAACAACAUCUCGAGAGUAAAGUAAAACUCGUACAAGAGUUGGAAAUGCAAAUUUGUAAUCUGAAAGCAGAGUCGAACCAGACUACAGAAGCAUUAAAAAACCAAUUGCUUGAGCUCCAGGAAACAUUGAACAACACUGAAAAAAGAUUUGGCGGGCAGCUUGUUGAGCUCCAGGAGGUCGCAGCAAAAAGAGAGGGUGAAUUAAAACAGCAGCUUCUUGAGCUCAAGGAAUCAUCUGCUAAGAAUAGAGAAGCUUUGGAACAUCAGCUUCUUGAGCUCCAGGAGUCCUCAGCCAAGACUAAGGAAGAUUUGGAGCAGCAGCUUCUUGAGCUCCAGGAGUCCUCAGCCAAGACUAAGGAAGAUUUGGAACAGCAGAUCCUUGAGCUUCAGGAGUCUUCUGCCCAGACUAUUGAAAGACUGGAACAACAGAUUAUUGACAUCAGAGGCACAAAAAAAGUAUUAGAGCAACAGCUGUAUGAACUACAAGAAACCUCAUGCAAAACCAUGGAACACUUGCAGCAGCAGUCUGAGCUUCAGCACACUAAGGAAAUGUUGGAGAGACAACUUUAUGACCUCCAAGAGACCUCAAAAAGGACCAAGGAAGGAUUGGAAAAACAACUGUUUGAUCUGAAAGAGUCCUCAAGCAAAACAGUAUUUGAAUUAGAGCUUCAAGUACUUGAGCUGCAGAAAGAGUCUUUCAAAACUAGAAAUGAAAUGGCACAAAAGCAUGAGGAAAUGGUGAGCAAAGAGAAGGAAGCAAUGGAGAAAGAAAUUCAUGAACUGAGAAUUGCGUCUAUCAAAAUCGAGAAAGAACUAGAGCAACUUCAUGAGCUGAAAGACUCCAAGAAAAACAAAUAAACGGUUAGAGAUGCAAGUCCACGACCUUCAGAAGAUGCUGACAUAAUUGAGCAUGAAUUGGAGGGGAAAAAUAGUGAACUUAAAAGUCUUAAAUCCCAACUCCAAGAGCUACAAGAGGAAUAUUCCAAUAAAGAAUCUGAAUCUACUGAGACAAUUUUAUCAGAAGUGAACAAGUGGCGUACAAUGUUUGAGGAGCUGGAAAAUAAAGUUCGACCUUUCCAGCAACAAUUAGAUGCGUUUGAAGCUGAAAAAAACGCCUUACUUAAUGAACAUGGCGCAGCCCAGGAUGAACUGAACAAGCUGAGUGACGCAUAUGCCAAACUGCUUGGACAUCAGAAUCAGAAACAGAAGAUCAAGCAUGUAAUGAAGCUAAAGGCAGAGAACACUCAGCUCAAGCAGGAGAUUGCCAAACUAAAAGCCCAGCUUUCCAAGGAGAAGAAAACAGAAAAGCUGCUCCAAUCCCAAUUAAAUGACCUACAAGGUGUAAGAAAAUAUGAUCCAUCCAAAGCGUUCCAGCAGGAUGUCAAGGAAAAUGUGUAUCCUAAAGCCCCAUUAAGAGAUGGAAACAGAAACAAUAGCUGAGGAGGCAUUUUCUUUCAGCACGAUACGUAUGGUUUUAAGUGUAGCACUGUAUAUUUUUGUCACAUGAAAUGCAGACUAUAAUAUAAUUAAAUCAUGUAAAUGAACUUUUAUUUCCUAUA